GAGAUCCGCCGCGGAGUUACAGGAAUGUUGGUCCGACUCUCCGGAGUUUCCCUCUCUGGUUCCCCGAGUUCAGCCGGCCGGUGCCCCGGCUCCUUUCCUUCCUCGGGCCUUAGCCAUCCAUCAGGUCCCUCUUUCUGUCCCCGGCCGCCAUGGAGCAGCCGCCGGCGCCUAAGAGUAAGCUUAAAAUGCUGAGUGAAGACAGUUUGACAAAGCAGCCGGAAGAAGUUUUUGAUGUAUUAGAGAAGCUUGGAGAAGGGUCUUAUGGAUGUGUAUUUAAAGCAAUACAUAAGGAAUCUGGUCAAGUUGUCGCAAUUAAACAAGUACAUGUUGAGUCAGAUCUUCAGGAAAUAAUCAAAGAAAUUUCCAUAAUGCAGCAAUGUGACAGCCCAUAUGUUGUAAAGUACUAUGGCAGUUACUUUAAGAACACAGACCUCUGGAUUGUUAUGGAGUAUUGUGGAGCUGGCUCUGUCUCGGACAUAAUUAGAUUACGAAACAAGACAGUCUGCUGUACAGCUGCAUCCUUGGAAUUUCUUUUCACUGGACUCCUGGAAGACGAAAUUGCAACCAUUCUUAAAUCUACAUUGAAAGGACUAGAAUACUUGCACUUUAUGAGAAAAAUACACAGAGAUAUAAAAGCUGGAAAUAUUCUCCUCAAUACAGAAGGCCAUGCAAAAUUGGCAGAUUUUGGAGUAGCUGGUCAGUUAACCGAUACAAUGGCAAAACGCAAUACUGUGAUAGGAACUCCAUUUUGGAAGACUCCUGAGGUAAUUCAAGAAAUAUGGUAUAACUGUGUGGCUGACAUCUGGUCUCUUGGUAUUACUUCUAUAGAAAUGGCUGAAGGAAAACCUCCUUAUGCUGAUAUACAUCCAAUGAGGGCUAUUUUUAUGAUUCCCACAAAUCCACCACCAACAUUCAGGAAGCCAGAACUUUGGUCUGAUGAUUUCACCGAUUUUGUUAAAAAGUGCUUAGUGAAGAAUCCUGAGCAGAGAGCUACUGCAACACAACUUUUACAGCAUCCUUUUAUCAAGAAUGCAAAACCUGUAUCAAUAUUAAGAGACCUGAUUACAGAAGCUAUGGAAAUCAAAGCUAAAAGACAUGAAGAACAGCAGCGAGAAUUGGAAGAGGAGGAAGAAAAUUCGGAUGAAGAUGAGCUGGAUUCCCACACCAUGGUGAAGACUAGUUCUGAGAGUGUGGGCACAAUGCGGGCCACAAGCACGAUGAGUGAAGGGGCACAGACCAUGAUUGAACAUAAUAGCACCAUGUUAGAAUCUGACUUGGGGACCAUGGUUAUAAACAGUGAGGAUGAGGAAGAAGAAGAUGGAACUAUGAAAAGAAAUGCAACUUCACCACAAGUACAAAGACCGUCUUUCAUGGACUACUUUGAUAAGCAGGACUUCAAGAAUAAGAGUCACGAAAACUGUAAUCAGAACAUGCAUGAACCCUUUCCUAUGUCCAAAAAUGUUUUUCCUGAUAACUGGAAAGUUCCUCAAGAUGGAGACUUUGACUUUUUAAAAAAUCUAAGUUUAGAAGAACUACAGAUGCGGUUAAAAGCACUGGACCCUAUGAUGGAACGAGAAAUAGAGGAACUUCGUCAAAGAUACACUGCGAAAAGACAGCCCAUUCUGGAUGCAAUGGAUGCGAAGAAAAGAAGGCAGCAAAACUUCUGAGUCUGAUAACUAAACUGAAUCAAAC